UUAUUUUCGUAAUAUAUAACCUAUUUGUAUAUAUGCUAGCACAGUUCAUGAGAUUUGAUGACAAAUUAAGCCAUGUGUAGAUUUAAUUCCAACACCAUUGGGAGAUAUACAAAUGAUCAUCAUGAUGAAAACUGUACUCAUGGUGGGGUGUACUGAUGAUAUUUAUAUAUACAUAUCCAGUUGAUAUAUAAAGAUCCAUAUCUCCAACUUGGUUCUUCACCAACUUCUGCAAAAGAGGUCUUGGAAUAGUACUGUAUCAGCUCGAAAAUGGCGAAAUCUGUUCUUCUUCUUCUCAAGGUUAUGAUGAUCUUACUAUUUCUUGUUUGGGUAUCCAUUUGGGUAAUGAAACCGACUCAAAUAUGGACCCGAAAAUGGAAAGAAGCCGAAGAUGCUGCAAGAACUACAGUUUUUGGUUCCAAUGGUCUUGAUUUUGUGGUUUAUUCGUUCCCUAUCAUCGCUUCGAUUAUGAUUGGAUUUGUCUACUUGCAUUUCAAACCAAAAGAACAAAGAAGAAGACAAAGGAGGAGUUUGAUCUCAUCGUUGUCGAAUCCAAUCAUUGUGAAUAGUUUUGUUGGUGUUUUGACUGCCAUGGAAGUUCUUGUGAUGUUCAUGUUCAUCAUGUUUCUAGCAUGGACGUUCUAUAUACGCGUAUCUAAUGAUUUCAAGAAGAUGAUGCCAGCUCGAUCGUUAAUGAAAUUAAGCAUAUGGCAAUACAAGACAUUUAGGGUGGCAACACGAUGUGGAUUGUUGGCGGAAGCAUGCCUAGCGUUGCUUCUAUUCCCUAUCAUGAGAGGCAUGGCUGUGUUUCGAUUAUUUGGUAUCCAAUUCGAAGCAUCUGUUCGAUACCAUAUCUGGCUUGGGACGAUGAUGUUAUCGUUCGCCACUCUACAUGGUGGCGGCACUUUGUUCAUAUGGGGUAUCAAAAACAUGCUUCAAGAUGAGAUACUAGAAUGGCAGAAAACAGGAAGAAUAUAUCUAGCAGGGGAAAUCUCACUUGCUACAGGGUUAGUCAUAUGGAUAACAUCACUUCCACAAGUGAGAAGAAAAAGAUUUGAAAUAUUUUACUACACACACCACUUAUACUUCAUUUUCAUAGUAUUCUUCUUGUUUCAUACCGGAGACCGUCACUUCUACAUGGUGUUACCCGCAAUUUUUAUUUUCGCCAUCGAGAGGUUACUUAGAAUAAUACAAUCGACGCCUGAAACGUGCAUUCUUUCCGCUCGAAUCUUUCCAUUGAAAGCUAUUGAAGUUAUACUGCCAAAAGAACCAAGAUUGAAGUAUGCCCCAACAAGCAUAAUCUUCAUAAAGAUACCUAGCAUUUCCAAAUUCCAAUGGCAUUCUUUUAGUAUAGCUUCAAGCUCCUUAGUUGAUGAUGAUACAAUGUCUAUAAUCAUAAAAUGUGAUGGAUCAUGGACAAAUUCUCUUUAUGACAUGAUCCAAGGAAUGCCCGUUGCUGGGCCCGAUCAAAGAGCCCAGAGAUGCAUUCCGGUUUUGGUUGAAGGCCCGUAUGGACCUGCAUCAACAGAGUUCCUAAGCAAGUACGAUAGUCUGCUUCUGGUGGCGGGUGGGAUCGGUGUGACUCCGUUUUUGAGUAUACUACAAGAAAUUUCUUCUUCUAGGAGAAAUAAUUUCCCAACAAAAAUACAACUUGUAUAUAUCAUGAAGAAAAGCAACAGCAUCAGUAUUCUGAAUUCUGUCCUACCUCUUCUCACAAGCAAAAAUACCAAAGAAUUUAACUUCAAGUUGAAAAUAUAUGUGACCCAAGAAACACAAUCCGGCACAACGCUUAGUGAAAUGAUACACGAGUUUUCUCAAGUCCAAACAAUUAACUUUGAAACGGGCAGUACAAGUUACGCUCCUAACGGCUAUGGAAGCUCGGUUAUGAAAGCUGCUAUUAUCGGGUUCACCUCGUUCCUGUUUUUUGUUCUUUUAGUUACUUUCAGCAAUGUUUUCCUGCCUCGGCCCAAGAAGGCUUCUUCGAAAGAGAAAAACGCAUCGUCGUUGGUUGAUCUUAUUCUUAUGUUCGCUUUCUUUUUAUCCAUCGUCAUCAGCAUAAUAGUGUUUUCAAUCAUGACAUCGAAAAGUUUGAGGAAACAGAAUCAGCUGACUGAAUUUAAGAAUAAAGGAAAAGAAAUGCAAGCAAGUUCCUUGCAGUCAAACCGAAAUCUCGAUGAUCACGAACUACAUUUUGGGGCAAGACCCAAUUUCCAUGAUAUAUUUUCGAAAUUUUCAAACGAAACGGGCGGAUCCUAUGUGGGGGUCUUGGUAUGUGGGCCCGAGAAAAUGAAGGAAUCGGUAGCUUCAAUCUGCAGGCUAAGUUCUCAAGGUUCAAUCACUAGUACUCGAACAAAGAAGCCAUACUUCAACUUUCACUCACUAAACUUUACUCUUUAGUAAUGUAUGUAAUGACACAUGCAGACUAUGUUUGCUAGUAAGGAUAAAAGUGAAUCCUAGAUCACAAGCAUAGGUGUUUGAUGAUCCAUUAAGCAAAUAUUGUAGUUUUGAAGAUUAGCAUAUAUAAACUUGUAUGAAGCGUGUAUAAUGUGUUCGAGUUAACACGGUUAGUGCAUCAUUAAGGUGCUGUUUGUUUUU